AUGAGCUCUGGGAUGAGCAGCCAGGCUGAAGGGGGUGCUGAGAAGACGUCCUGGCCGGAGUUGGUGGGGAAGUGCGUGGAGGAGGCCAAGAAGGUUAUUUUGAUGGACAAGCCGGACGCGAAGAUCGUCGUGGUGCCGGCGGGGUCACCGGUGACCUAUGACUACCGCACCGACCGUGUCCGCCUGUUCGUCGACACCGUUGUCGAGGUCCCCCGUGUUGGCUAG